AUGAGCUUGUCCAGCGCAGCGCCUAGUGCGGCUGAGUCCCUUCUCGCCAGUCUCAACAAGGCACAAUGUCGCGCCGUCACCUCCUCAGCACCCACCGUCGCCAUCCUGGCUGGACCAGGUAGCGGCAAGACGCAUACCUUGACCUCUCGUGUCGUUUGGCUCCUGGAGAAUGCCGGCUACCACCCGGCAGACAUAGUCGUCGCGACUUUCACCGUCAAGUCGGCUCGAGAAAUGAAAGAGCGCAUCGGACGGGCAUUGGGCGACGGCCGUGAGAAGAAGAUUGUCCUCGGCACCUUUCACAGCAUUGCCCGCCGCUAUCUUGCUACCUAUGGCCAACGCAUCGGCCUCAGUCAGAGGUUUGGCAUCGCUGAUGACGGAGAUUCGAGAGCCGUCAUCCAGAGGAUAUGCAAGCGGCUGGGUCUGGUGGUGGAUCCCCAUGCCGUCCGUUCCUGGAUCAGCAAGAAGAAGGCCAAGGGCUCGGAGCAGCACAUCCCACAGCGGCCCAACGCCAAGAAGCCGCGCGAGAACCCCGAGUUCGAGACCUGCUUCCGCGCGUACCAGGACCAUCUGGAGCGCUCCAACCUCCUCGACUACGACGACCUGCUGACCAAGUGUGUGGAGCUGCUGCGAAAGCACCCCUCAUGCGUGUCCAACGUGCAGGCGGUGCUCAUUGACGAGUACCAGGACACAAACGGCAUCCAGUACGAGCUUAUGAGGCUAUUUGCCCAGGCCCGCGAUCGCAUCACUAUCGUUGGUGACCCGGACCAGAGCAUUUACGGCUGGCGAUCGGCCGAGAUCAAGAAUCUGUAUCGUCUGUUGAAGGACUUUCCCCAGACGGACGAAAUCUCACUGGAGGAGAAUUAUCGGUCGUCACAGGCCAUCCUGGACGUGUCGUUAAAGGUCAUUCAGCAAGACAAGAAGCGGUACCAAAAACUCCUGCUUCCCGUCCACAACAAGGGCACGCGGCCGGUGUUGCGCCGACUGAAGACGGCCGCCAACGAGGCAGAGUGGCUCGUCUCCGAGAUCCGACGUGCCAUUCUCAUGUCGGGGAAAAUGAUGAACGAAGACGAUGUGGCCAUCCUGCUGCGGUCUGCAGCACUCUCCCGACACAUUGAGUCAGCGCUCGGCAAGUGCGGCAUACCUUACAGGAUGGUGGGCGGGAAAAAGUUUUACGAACGCAUCGAGGUCAAGAUUCUCAUUGAUUAUCUACGUGUCAUUCACCAGCCCGAGAACAACGACUCGCUUGCGCGCAUCAUCAAUGUCCCUCGUCGCGGUAUCGGCGACGUGACCAUAAAGAGUCUCGUCGAAGAGGCUGAAACUGCCAAGAUGGACGUCUGGACUCUUCUGACGAAGCACUGCCGCGGGGACCGAAAGGCGCAAACAAACAUCAAGAAGGCGAUGGAGCAAAAGAUCAGCGGGGAGCUCAUCAGAAUGGUCAUGUCGGUGAGGAAGAAGGUCGAGGAACCCCCGAGUGGAAGUCCCUGCUACCAUCUGGUCGACCUCAUUGGCGAUCUGCUCUCGCAGCUGAAUUUCCAGAAGUACCUCCAGGACAUGUAUCCCGAGGAACAUGAGGCGCGAUGGGCCAACGUCGAGGAGUUUAUAAACCUAGCGGGCGAUUUCAUGCGCGAGCUCAGCGCGACUGUGGAAGACGACAAGUUGCCCACCAUCGACGGCGUCCAGCAGGUGGAGGAGAAGGAUGCGCUUGGCAGGUUUCUAGCCAACGUCGCGCUAGCUUCUGAUUCCCAGAAGGGUGAGACGGAGAAUAAGCCAAUGGUGACCAUUUCAACAAUCCACGCUGCCAAGGGCCUCGAGUGGCCCGUAGUCUUCGUGCCAGCCGUGUACAACGGCUCAAUACCGCACGCCAGGGCAGAAGACUUGGACGAGGAACGAAGGCUCCUUUACGUCGCCAUGACGAGAGCGCAGUCGCUCCUUUACCUCAGCUGUCCACUCUACAGCUCCCAGGCCGGGGGUAUGGGUGGCGGAGGAGAGAAGGCCGAGCUUUCUACGUUUCUGCCCACUGAAAUCCACCAGUCGUUCGCCAGGAGAGGGCCCUCGUUCAGCACCGAGGUGAUCCAGGAGGUGGGCCGCAUCCUAGGCCGCGCAGACUCCGUACCUUCGGCGGAACGUAUUUUUGCACAGAUGCCGCUGCUCGAGAGACUGGAGGACACGCUUUACCCUGCCGACCCAGAAGAGAGCAACCCAGCGGGCAGGGCUGAUAAGAGCGGUUUCAAGCGCCACCGAGGCCCGCAGGCCAACGGCGACACUCCCGCCGAGGCCUAUCCCCAAUGGCAGACGGCAACCACCAUGGAAGCCGCCUCGGGCUUCACACUGCCCGGUUUCACGACCGCUGGCGCGCACCAGACCGCCAUUGCCGCGGCCAAGGAAGUCGCCCAAGCCGCCGAGGCCGCCGGGCCGCAGCGAAAGCAGGCCGGACCAGGACACGCCAACACGCGACGCGCUGGAACGACGAAACGUCCCCCCGACCAGCGCAGCCUCCUGGGCUUCGUCAACAAGAGACAAAAGUCCGACCCAUCAGGCACUGCCUCUGAGCCUACGCCCGUCGCCGACGUUCGCUCGGGCCUGACCCGGCACGUCUCAACAUCACACUCGGCGGUCGCGCCCUAUCCCCGCGGCCAGCAGGCGCCUCCGCAUCCGGCCGCACCGGCUCUACCCGGACACAGGCUCACGACGCCGACCAUCGCGAAGCCGACGGCCAAAUCACGUCCGCCAGCAGGCGAGGCGCAGGCGCACUACGGCUUCCUCUCGAGCUCGCCGGCCAAGUCAGCAGUGCCUCAGCCGGGCGAUGACGACGCUGAAGCAGAGCCAGUCGUGGCGCCUGAGGCGCGGGAGCGGCCAGCAAGCUGUCUGCAUGCGACGACAUCAAUGGGGCAAGGGGUGGGACGGUUCGAGAGGCCGGCGUUACUGAAGAAGGAGGGCGGUAUUGCGCCGAUAGACCGGUUGAGGAAACCGUUCAAGCCACUGACCAUGAAUCGGCGUUAG